CUGCCUCGGCAGCGGCGGGGCAGCAGCAGCAUGAGGCUGAAGAAGUACCUGGUGCGGGCGCUGCACCGGCUGCAGAAGGGCCCUGGCUACACCUACAAGGAGCUGCUGGUCUGGUACUGCGACAACACCAACACCCACGGCCCCAAGCGCAUCAUCAAGGAGGGGCCCAAGAAGAAAUUCAUCUGGUUCUUCCUGACGCUGCUCUUUGCAUCCCUGGUCUUCUGGCAGUGGGGGAUCCUCAUCAACACCUACCUCUCCUACAACGUCACCUCGUCUCUCUCCAUUGGCUUUAAGACCAUGAAGUUCCCUGCAGUCACUGUCUGCAAUGCCAACCCUUUCAAGUACUCGGAGGUGAAGCCCCUGCUGAAGGAGCUGGACAGGCUGAUUGAGGCAGCACUGGAGAGGAUCCUGCAGCCAGGGAACAGCAGCGACAACGUGUCCCCACCACUGGACCUGGAGCUCUGGAACCAGAUCCCCCUGGUCCUCAUCGACGAGCACGACAAAGACAAUCCCGUCAUCCUGGACAUCUUUGAGAGCAACCAGACUGCUGUGGGCAACGAGACUGCCAUGGGCUAUGGGACCAUGGAGAACUACACCAUGGGCAGCAAGACCACGGAGAGCUACAGCACUGCUGCACCUGCACCUGGUGCAGAGAACAGCACUGCUCCAGCUGCCCCAGCCAACAGCACAACAGAAGAGAAGAAGUACAAGCUGGCAGUGAAGCUGUGCAGCCAGCAGGGCUCUGGGAACUGCACCUACAGGAACUUCAGCAGCGCGGCGCAGGCGGUGAGCGAGUGGUACGUGCUGCAGUCCACCUCCAUCCUCUCCAAGGUGCCUCUGCACGACAGGAUCAGGAUGGGCUACCAGGCAGAGGACAUGAUCCUGGCCUGUCUCUACGGGGCUGAGCCCUGCAACUACAAGAAUUUCACCCAAAUCUACCACCCAGACCAUGGGAACUGCUACAUCUUUAACUGGGGCAUGGAUGAAGAGGCUCUGAAUUCUUCCAACCCCGGGGCUGAGUUUGGGCUGAAGCUGAUUCUGGACAUCAGCCAGCAGGAUUACAUUCCCUACCUGUCCUCUGCUGCUGGGGCCAGGCUCAUGCUGCACCAACAGAAGAGCUUCCCCUUCCUCAAGGAUCAGGGCAUCUACGCCAUGGCUGGGACAGAAACCUCCAUUGGAGUGCUGGUGGACGAGCUGGAGAGGAUGGGCUACCCCUACAGCGACUGCACCGUCAACGGCUCCGACGUGCCCGUGCAGAACCUCUACAGCCAGUACAACACCUCCUACUCCAUCCAGGCCUGCCUGCGCUCCUGUUUCCAGAACCACAUGGUGGAGAUCUGUGGCUGUGGGCACUACAUGUUCCCCUUGCCUGAAGGGGUGAAUUACUGCAAUAAUGAGGAUUUCCCAGGCUGGGCAUAUUGCUAUUCCUCACUGAGAUCCAGCAUUAAACAGCGUCAGAUCUGCAUUGACUCCUGUAAGGAAACGUGCAACGACACACAGUACAAAAUGACCAUCUCCAUGGCAGACUGGCCAUCAGAAGCCUCUGAGGACUGGAUUUUCCAUAUUCUGUCUUACGAAAGGGAUAUGUCAACAAAUGUGACUCUGGACAGGAAUGGGAUCAUCAAGCUGAACAUUUACUUCCAGGAGUACAACUACCGCACCAUCUCGGAGUCAGCUGCCACCACGAUCGUGUGGCUGCUGUCCAGCCUGGGGGGCCAGUUCGGGUUCUGGAUGGGGGGCUCGGUGCUGUGCCUCAUCGAGUUCGGGGAGAUCAUCAUCGACUCGCUGUGGAUCACCGUCAUCCACCUCAUCAGCUGGGCCAAGGGGCUGAAGCAGCGGCGGGCGCGGGCGCGCUACCCGGACGCGCCCCCGACGGGGGCGGAGCUGGCGCUACCCGGACGCGCCCCCGACGGUGGCGGAGCUGGUGGAGGCUCACACCAACCUGGGCUUCCAGCCCGAGCCCGGGCCAGCGGGGCCAGCAGCAGGGCCAGCAGCAGGGCCAGCAGGGCCAGGGGCCCCGGCACUGCCCCCCGAGCCCGGCACGCCACCCCCCAACUACGACUCCCUGCGCGUGCAGCCCCCGGACACGCUGAGCCCCGACAGCGACACGGACACCGAGUGACCACGGGGUCCUGUCUGUGCUGAGUGACCACACUGUCCUGUCAGCUCCUGCAGCUGUGCCACUUGCUGGGCAGUGUCUGUCACAAUUAGGACAGAGUUAAAGGCCAAGCUCUCCUCUCCUGUGACUGAUCACAGCAGGAAGCCCUGCCUAACAAACCCUGCAAUAAACCUCACAGAGUCAGGCUUUGGCUGCAGCCUGGAGAGCUCGUGUACAUCACACAUUGCUGCAAAACCCUGUCACCGUUUCUCGUCACCAGCUGGGUGGCAGCAGGUGGUGGCAGGAGAGGACAGGAGGUGCUGGCAGUGGGUGCAAGGCCGUGGCCUGUGGAUCACAGAACCCUGGAGAGUUUGUGCUGGAAGGGACCUCAGAGACUGUCUCAUCCCAUCUCCUUCUCAGCACUCUUGGCACAGAGCAGAGCCUUGGGAUGGCACCACAGCUACUUCUGACCUCGGAGCUGCAGAAUUUCCACUCCCAAACCACUACAAUGGGAACAGCAGAAACUGAGCUCUGCCUUCACUGCUGCAGCCCCUGGGUGCCCUGUUGUGCUGCUGCCCAGGGUUUGCACCCUGGUGGGGCAGGGGGACACAGCUCUUGGCGUGUGCCAAGGACUCCACAGAGACUGGGGUGGGAGGAAGCAUCAGCC